AUGGAUACUCCCAGAGUCCUGCUCUCGGCUGUCUUCCUCAUCAGUUUUCUGUGGGAUCUGCCCGGCAUCCAACAGGCUUCCAUCUCUUCUUCCUCGUCGUCCGCCGAGCUAGGCUCCACCAAGGGCGUGCGGACCCGCAAGGAAGGGAAGAUGCCGCGGGCGCCGCGAGAGGAUGCCGCGGGCCAGGAGCCGCCGGAGGGCCGGGAGCCGCAGCCGUGGCCGCAGGACGCGCCCCAAGCGCAGCAGCAGCCUGAGGCGCAGCAGCCGCCGGGCAGGGGUCCGCGCGUGGUGCCCCACGAGUACAUGCUGUCAAUCUACAGGACUUACUCCAUCGCCGAGAAGCUGGGCAUCAAUGCCAGCUUCUUCCAGUCUUCCAAGUCGGCGAAUACGAUCACCAGCUUUGUAGACAGGGGACUAGACGAUCUCUCGCACACUCCUCUCCGGAGACAGAAGUAUUUGUUUGAUGUGUCCACGCUCUCAGACAAAGAAGAGCUGGUGGGCGCGGAGCUGCGGCUCUUUCGCCAGGCGCCCGCAGCGCCCUGGGGGCCCCUGGCCGGGCCGCUUCACGUGCAGCUCUUCCCCUGCCUGUCGCCCCUGCUACUGGACGCGCGGACCCUGGACCCGCAGGGGGCGCCCCCGGCCGGCUGGGAAGUCUUCGACGUGUGGCAGGGCCUGCGCCACCAGCCCUGGAAGCAGCUGUGCUUGGAGCUGCGCGCCGCGUGGGAAGAGCCAGACGCCGGGGAGGCCGAGGCGGGCGCGCGGGGGCCCCAGCAACCGCCGCCCCCGGACCUGCGGAGUCUGGGCUUCGGCCGGAGGGUGCGGCCCCCCCAGGAGCGCGCCCUACUCGUGGUGUUCACCAGGUCCCAGCGCAAGAACCUGUUCGCCGAGAUGCGCGAGCAGCUGGGCUCGGCCGAGGCGGCGGGCGCGGGCGCCGAGGGGUCGUGGCCGCAGCCGUCGGGCGCCCCGGAUGCCGGGCCUUGGCUGCCCUCGCCCGGUCGGCGGCGGCGGCGCACGGCCUUCGCCAGCCGCCACGGCAAGCGGCACGGCAAGAAGUCAAGGCUGCGCUGCAGCAAGAAGCCCCUGCACGUGAACUUCAAGGAGCUGGGCUGGGACGACUGGAUUAUCGCGCCCCUGGAGUACGAGGCCUAUCACUGCGAAGGCGUGUGCGACUUCCCGCUGCGCUCGCACCUGGAGCCCACCAACCACGCCAUCAUCCAGACGCUCAUGAACUCCAUGGACCCCGGCUCCACCCCGCCCAGCUGCUGCGUGCCCACCAAAUUGACUCCCAUCAGCAUCCUGUACAUCGACGCGGGCAAUAAUGUGGUCUACAAGCAGUACGAGGACAUGGUGGUGGAGUCGUGCGGCUGCAGGUAGCGGCGUCUUUCCCGCCGCCUUGGCCAGAGACCGUAGGGGAGGCCUGGCUGCAGAGAGGGGAGGAGGAAGCCGGCCUCGGGAGAGGCUGGGGGUGGGGGGACGGCCUGGACUUAAGAGCUGGGUGCGAGAGGAGGGAGCUGCAGCCUUCCCAGAACCUUCCACCCGCCAGCCCAGAGGGAGAUUCGAUUUUCACACCUUGCCUGGCCACCCUGGAGAAACAAGCCAAGGAGAAUUUCUUUCUUUCUUUUUUUU